AUGGUUGAAAAAAACAAAUGUCUGUGUCAUGCUAAAUUAGUGGAAAUACACAGUACUAUUUCGAAAGAGUUACACGAUUGCAAAGAAGACGUAUGGAAUUUUAAAAUUACGAAUUUACAACGAGAAAGGGAUUCUUUACUGCUAAGGAAUAACAAUUUACGGUGUCAACUUGCGGAUUUGCACUCAAAAAUCGUUUCUGACCCUUUUAUGGCCAGGAGGUACCGAGAAUUAUGCGAUUCUAGCGUCUCGGGCACAAGCAAGUUGGAAAAUCAAGAUAACCCAAACAAAUCUCAAUUAUAUAAGCAAUUGUAUAUAUUUGCGGAUCAUAACAAGGAGUUGGAAGAGCGGCUUUCAUGUGAACAGAUGACUUCCAUGACAUGGAAGCAUAGAUUCAACGACUUAGAGAAUAAAAUUGCCACGCAGGUAGCUGAACUGCUAGAACUGACACAGGGUGAAAAGUGUGUCGAAGAAAUUGAUUAUAAAAAAUUUAAAACUGACCAUUAUUGUAAGGUUUUACAGGAGGCUCUCCAGCUACUGAAGUUAGCCAAAGCGAGGAUCGACGGAGACAGACACAGGAUUGAGUCGUACAUGGACAGGGUAUCAGACUUAGAAGAUAAGUUGUCAGAAUACCGAAUGCGCUUCUCGGACGCAAAAAUGGCGUGA